GUCUGCGGCCACCUGAUGAAUCACUGUGCCCGCGCAGCAUUGAACGAGGAACGUUUUCAUGAUUUGGAAUGGCGUGAAUGAAGCCUAAGCCUAUUAGGUACCUGGAUCCGAUUGCUGCUCAGAAGAAGUCGGUCUUGUUGGGGUCUUGUCUUGUCUGCCGCCCUGCUUUCCUUACCCUGCAUGUUUGCCAUCGUCUGCUGAUUACUCAGACAAUCAGCGAUGAAAGCCGUGCACCGGCCCCCCAGCGCCGGGGUUUGCAGUUUGUGUAGCCAGGCGCUGCAAGCCCGGGAUGGCCUGCAGCGCGGCUGGCAAGAGAGCAGAUAUGUAGCGCGGGGGUCGCAAGCGGGGGUCUCCACGAGCUACCCCUCAAUCUCCAGCUCACCGCGAAAGCUCUCAAGGAAUGCAGAGCAGUCGGGGCAGACGUGCCAGGGGGUGGGCGCGCCCGGGUCAGCAUUCAUGGGGGAAAAGGCAGAUCUGCAGGUGGAUUCGCAGGUGGGCAGGCGUAGGGGGCGUGGGUCUCGCAAGGGGGCAUUUGCAGUGGCUGCCCCGGAGCGGCCAGGACUGUACAGCGACGGGCGAGGGCCGGGUCGAAAGGAGACUGUCGUGGUAGAUCCCGAAAAUGGCCGGCGCACGGUGCUGUCAGAAGGGCAGGACGGGACGGCGCGGGUCAAAGUGGGGAGAUUAUCCGACAUGACGAAACAGUUCAAAGACGUGCGGCGUCAGAUGGAAGAGGACGAGGACCUGGCGACGCUCAUGCGGGGCUUGCGCGGCCAGAAUCUCAAUGACGAGCAGUUUGCAUCAGCGGACGUGCAGAUGCGGCUGAUUGAGAUUGGGCGCGAGGAGGUGGAGGGGCUGCCCCUCGAGUACGACCCCGAGCUGAUUGCGCAAUUCUGGGGGGCACGCCCGUGGGCCGUCGCCACGCGCGUGGCGCAGCUGACGUCCAUUGCGGGGGGCUUCCUUUCCAGUAUCGCAAUGGACAUCAUUACAAAUAGGACAAAGGAGAACGAGGUGAAGCGUGCGAUCCAGCUGCGCGACAUCGUGACGAGCCUGGGCCCCGCGUACAUCAAGCUGGGGCAGGCGCUUUCCAUCCGGCCCGACAUCCUCUCCCCCGCCGCCAUGAACGAGCUGCAAAAGCUCUGCGACAAGGUGCCGUCGUACCCGAGCGAGAUCGCGAUGGCGUUCAUCCAGGAGGAGCUGGGCCUGCCCUGGUACGAAAUCUUUGAGGAGCUCAGCCCCGAGCCCAUCGCAGCAGCGUCGCUGGGCCAGGUGUACAAGGGUAAGCUGCGCAGCAACGGGGCGGCCGUGGCGGUCAAGGUGCAGCGGCCGUACGUCCUCGAAACGGUGACGAUCGACCUGUUCAUCAUCCGCAAGCUGGGGCUGGCGCUGCGCGGCGUGCCGCAGAUCGCGACGGACGUGGUGGGCCUCGUCGACGAGUGGGCCGCGCGCUUCUUCGAGGAGCUCGACUACCAGCGGGAGGGCCGCAACGGCACGCUCUUUGCGCAGCAAAUGGCCGCAGACUUGCCGCAGGUGGUCGUCCCGACGACGUACCCCGAGUACACGUCGCGCAAGGUGCUGGUGACGAGCUGGCUGGAGGGCGAGAAGCUGAGCCAGAGCACGGCGGACGACGUGGGCGACCUGGUGAACAUCGGCGUCAUCUGCUACCUCAAGCAGCUGCUCGACACCGGCUUCUUCCACGCCGACCCGCACCCGGGGAACCUCAUCCGCACGCCCGACGGCAGGCUCGCCAUCCUAGACUUCGGGCUGAUGACCCAGAUCACGGAGGACCAGAAGUACGGCAUGAUCGAGGCCAUCUCGCACCUGAUCCACCGCGACUACGAGGCCAUCGUCGAGGACUUUGUCCUCCUCGACUUCAUCCCGCCAGGGGUGGACCUGCGCCCAAUCUUGCCGGUGCUGGCCAAGGUGUUCGACCAGGCUCUCGAGGGCGGCGGCGCGAAGAACAUCAACUUCCAGGAGCUGGCGGCGGACCUGGCGCAGAUUACGUUCGACUACCCGUUCCGCAUCCCGCCCUACUUCGCGCUCAUCAUCCGCGCCAUCGGCGUGCUGGAGGGCAUCGCGCUCACCGGCAACUCAGACUUCGCCAUUGUCGACGAGGCCUACCCCUACAUCGCGCAGCGGCUGCUGACGGACCCGUCCCCGCGGUUGCGCGCUGCUCUGCGGUACACGGUGUACGGCAAGAGCGGCGUCUUCGACGUGGACCGCUUCAUCGACAUCAUGGAGGCCUUCGAGACCUUCACCGACCAGGCCAAAACCGGGGGCGGCCAGCUGAGCGGCAGCGGCAUGGCGUCGUUGGGCCAGCUGCUGCCCCCGGCGUCCACGGCGCGCGCGGUGGCGGAUGCGCAGGGCCCGCCCGGGGUACAGACGCGCGCGGCGCUCAACUUCAUGCUGUCCAAGGACGGCGAGUUCUUCCGCGAGUUCAUCCUGGACGAGGUGGUGAAGGGCAUCGACGCGGUGUCGCGCGAGCGCAUCGCUGGCCUGGUGGCACAGCAGGGCCUGCAGGCGGCGCGCAUCCCGCUGCUGCUGCCGGGGGCCGUCGUGCCCAUCCCGCUCUCGCCGCCCAUCACCCGCGAGGACCGCGCGGUGGCGGACAACGUGAACAAGGUGCUGGCCUUCUUCUUUGCGGGGACGCCCCUCGCGGAGUCGUUCGAGAACUCGCGGCGCAACCAGAGCGCGCUCGCGCCGCUGGCCAACCCCGCCAAGCUGCUGGAGAGCGUGCAGGACAUCCUGCCCGUCCUGCCGUCCCUCGCCACGCAGGUUCUGCCGGAGAUUGUCAACCGGCUGACGAGCCGAGUCAUUGCUCGGUUCAUCCGUGAGAAUCUCUUGGGUGGCCCCAGCCGGUAGCGCAUGGUGCAGGCCCGGUCAGGCCCCAUCUGGCCUGGCGCGGGUCAGCCGAAUAUCGAUAUCGAUACCAUUGCCUGAGCAGCAGGUCCACGAUAAAGCCCAGUAAAGCAGAAUAAAGGGCCCGCUUAGGUAGCGUUGUCUUGUCGGCCGUGGUUACUAUCGGGGAGGCCACCGCUCACACAUACUAACAGUAGGUACGGGUAUGCGAGGCGUGGAUUGCCUGCACGCCAUGCAUGACGGUGUACAUGUCUAAAUGAAGGAUUGUUAAAAGGGUUGUCUAAUUAACUCAACACAUUGAUUUCUUUUCAUUUUGAGUCAACUGGUAAAAUGAGCCUAGAAUUGAGAAACUGGGAGCAUCUUUUUAACGAAUGGCGUGCACUGGCAAACGCUUGCAAUGCAGAAUCGUAGGCUCAUGCUGUAGCACUGCAUCACCGGAUCACGAAUAUUUACAAGGCUCGAUAUCAUGC